AUGGAAAUGGCGUUGAUGCACGCGAAUACGGCCAAUGAUGAAGCACAACGCAAUGUGGUCGCAUACGGCGAGCAGAUCGGUGAAUUGCAAAAGGCGCUCGAGGAAGAACAAACGCAUCGUGAGCAGUUGAGAAAUGACUGUAUCGCAUCUGAGAAGAGAUUAUCCGUGGCACAGUCAGAAAAGGACGAUGCGUCCAGCAAAGCAUUACAAGCCGAAAGAAUUAGAAAACAAAUUGAAUCUGAGUACAACGAAGCAAAACGUCAAUUGGACACUUUCGUAGUGGAAGAAACCGAUUUGAGCGCAGUGAAGAAGAGGAUUGAAGCUGAUAUCCUUCUGUACAGAAUUCUGAAUGAUAUUCAGGCUGAUUUGGAUGAAGCCAAUAAUGAGCUGAAAGCUUCCGAAGAACGUACAAAGAAUGCAGCGGCUGAAGCAGCACGUCUCAGCGAAUUGCUACGCCAAGCCCAAGAAACCAGCCAGAUGGCAGAUAGACAUCGAAAACAACUCGAGACGAAUAUCAAAGAAUUGCAAUCGAGAGUGGACGAUACUGAACUGACCAAGAUAAAAGUUGUUCAGAAAGAAACGUCGAAAGCAGAGCGUCGAAUUAAGGCCGUAAGCUCGGAACUGGAGAAUCAACAACGUCGUUAUCAAGACACUCAAACGACCAUCAAAAAACAAGAUCGAAAAAUACGUGAACUCGAAUUCCAACUCGAUGAAAAUAAGAAACGCUAUGUGCUAAUGCAAGAAACCAUUGAUAAACUUCAACAGAAAACAAAACAGCAGAAGAAACUCGUUGACGAAGCGGUCAGUUGUUGUUUCAAUUAUUGUAUUCACCUUUAG